CAGGUACAGGUACCUAACCUACUUCAAUUCCAUCGACAUAGCAACAGCGAGUAAUAGCCUCAGCAUUUGGAGCUCAGACAAUAUGCCCUUCGCCACAGUCAACCAACACACCAUUCAAUAUGUCGAAAGCGGACAGCUAGGUUUCCAGGUCCAAGAAGACAAACUACCCAUUGUGUGCGUUCACGGCCUGGGAAGUUCGCAGAACUAUUAUAUGCCAGUGGUGCCGUACCUCGAAGGCCAUCGAGUCGUCGCCCUUUCUACCUAUGGCGCGGCGGGGUCGAAAUCGCAAGGCGAGAAAUUGAGCCUGGUGGAUAUGGCGGAAGAUGUCGUUGGCUUGAUGGAUCAUCUGAACAUCCCCAAGGCGAUCGUGGUGGGGCACUCCAUGGGUGGUCCGAUGGUAUUGACAGCGGCGGCGAGACAUCCGGAUCGAUUUGCAGGCGUGGUUGCCAUCGGUCCUGUCAAUCCGUCGUCCGUAAAGCCAGAAGUAUUCCAGACGAGAAUCGAGACAGUACUGAAAGACGGCAUGGAGCCACUGGCGAAUACGGUGCCCAAAGCUGCCACGGGCUCCAAUAGCACACCUCUCCAGCGAGCAUUUAUCCGAGAGCUCAUCCUCAGCCAAGAUCCCAAAUCAUAUGCGUCUCAUUGCGAGGCGAUUAUCAAUAUGAAAGACCCCGGGUUCUCAUCAAUGACCACCCCUGUGCUCAUUUUGGCAGGCGAUGAGGACCAGUCUGCGCCACUGGCCGGGUGCCAGUCUAUUCAUGACUCUUUGGGAAGUAAGGUGAAGGAGCUCAAGGUCUACAGUAAGGUCGGCCAUUGGCACUGCAUUGAGGCCGGCGAAGAUGUUGGCAAAGACAUCUCAGCUUUUGCCAGCAAGUUGGCGUAAUCAGCACGGAUAUAACGCUCCGGAACGCCAAUCAUAGAUCACGAUUUCUGGCUAGAUCUGUCUAGACAAUGAGACCAUGUAUCUAGAAAUGUUACCUGCUGUCAGCGAGGUUCUCGAACAGCUCAUUCCUUCGUGUAGUAAGCUGUCUCAGAUGUCGGCGAGCUUCUUCCAGUUUAGCACGAGCCAGCCUUGCAUCAGUGGGCAGCUCUUGAAAGGCCUUCAGUUCCAUUUCCAAGUCUCUCAGUCGUUGUUGCUGCUUCUCCAGCUCUAAUUUUUUGCGAUCAACAUGCUCGAGUGCAUUCGACGAAGAUGACGGGCGCGAAGCGCUCAAUCUCUCGUCAUAUUCGGCGACCUUGGCUUUGAGGGUUUUGGUGGUUUUAACCCACUCAGUCGUAUUGUCUACAACGUCGGUUGGAGCUUCGAAGUCUGGGUUCGCCAAAUCCUUGGCCAGAUUGUGCAUGCGCUGGGAUUCUAAUUUCAGAUUUGCCAAUUGCUGUUCGGCCUGGGAAAGUUGCUGCCGCAGUUGAAACUCCGUCGUAUUGAGCAGGAUUAUGUGGCGAGCAACGUCCUGUGUAUUGGUGCUCGGGCAAUCCAGAGCGACUACGGUCUCAGCCAGCGUAUCGAGAUGAGCCUCGUGAGACAGUUCGGCCUGAAGCAUUUGCAACGCCUCUUCGUGGAGACCGCCCUGCUUACGAGUCAGACUCGCGAGCGCUGCCUUCUCGAUCCGCUCGACUUGACUCCGCUGCUCAUCGGCGUUCUCGUUCAAGUUGGCUAGGGCCAAGAGCGCUUGCAAAGUGUCUUCGUUUCGCUCAAAAGGUGGUAUGCGUGAGCCAUAUUUCUUCGAUAUCCAUGCCUCCACGGC